AAGCUUCCAGAAAUUGAAUUUUCUGAGACGGUUAUCACCAUUCACAGAUGAAAUGACUGCUUUGCAAAAAACAACUGAUGAGGGUGAAUUCCUGACGCUCUCUGCGUCUUCGUUGCAGUUUUCCUCUCCUGAUGGCCGAUUAGAUGGAUUUGGAUUGACUGACGUCCACUUCUUUCGCCUGCUAUGAGGGUCAGCCUUUGCCGAAUCAUCAUUGAAGGUCUUUGGAAGGUUUAUUUGACCCAUUCUCCCUCGAAAAGCCACUUUAAUGAUACUCACUCACUUCUAAGCUUCAAUCAUGGCAUAAUUUUAUUAUUUUUAAUGUAUAUCCACUUUUUGUGCUCUCUUAUCCGCUGGCGAAUUUAUGAUUCAGCUGUUGAUUCAUUAUUUGUGUGAGCACAGUUGCUUUCUAGCGUGGCUAUAUAUAUGUAUAUUAUAUCUGUGUGUGUAGACAUUUGAAAGUGAUCUGCGUGCGGAAACUAGAGAGUGUUUCUAUUCUGAGGAUUUCUUCACCAGAAUUGAAGAUUGCAGAAUAAGGGUGCCUGAUCUAGAGGUGACAUGUUGCGUAAUAGUCAGUCCAAAAUUAAGCGAAAAAUCGACAAGUAUGAGAUCGGCAGGACGAUUGGUGAGGGCACAUUUGCUAAAGUGAAAUUCGCUAGAAACUCUGAGACAGGGGAACCUGUGGCCAUCAAGAUUAUUGACAAGGAUAAGGUUCUUAAGCACAAAAUAUCUGAGCAGAUUAAGCGGGAGAUAUCGACAAUGAAAUUGAUAAAACACCCCAAUGUUGUUCAAUUGUACGAGGUGAUGGCAAGCAAAACCAAGAUAUUCAUCGUUUUGGAAUUCGUCACAGGAGGAGAGCUAUUUGACAAAAUUGUAAACCAUGGAAGGAUGCGAGAAGAUGAAGCAAGAAAAUAUUUUCAGCAACUUAUCAAUGCUGUUGACUAUUGCCAUAGCAGGGGUGUCUUCCACAGAGAUCUAAAGCCAGAAAAUUUGCUCCUGGAUGCUGCUGGAAACCUCAGAGUUUCCGACUUCGGAUUAAGUGCUCUGUCGCAGCAAGCAGAGAACGAUGGAUUGCUGCAUACUGCCUGUGGAACUCCAAAUUAUGUUGCUCCUGAGGUUCUCAAUGAUCGAGGCUACGAUGGAGCAACUGCUGACUUGUGGUCAUGUGGAGUCAUACUUUUCGUAUUGCUUGCUGGUUACUUGCCUUUCGACGACAAUAAUGUUAUGAACCUAUAUAAGAAGAUAUCCAUGGCCCAGUUCACUUGCCCUCCAUGGCUUUCCUUCGGUGCAAUGAAGUUCAUCACUCGGAUCUUGGAGCCAAAUCCUCUCAAACGUAUUACGAUCCCUGAAAUUUUGGAGGACAAGUGGUUUAAGAAAGAUUACAAAGCUGCAGUUUUUUAUGAGAAAGAAGAUGCAAAUUUGGAUGAUGUCGAGGCAGUGUUUAAGGAUUCUGAGGAAUUUCAUGUAACAGAGAAGAAGGAAGAGCAGCCAACUGCAAUGAAUGCUUUUGAGUUAAUUUCAAUGUCGAAAGGCCUCAAUCUGGAGAACCUAAUUGGCGUGAAAGAGGGAUACAAGAAGGAAACAAGAUUCUCGUGUAAGUGCACAGCAAAUGAGAUAGUGAAGAAAAUUGAACAAGCUGCAAAGCCUCUCGGUUUCGAUGUGCACAAGAAGAACUACAAGAUGAGGCUCGAAAAUUCGAAAGCAGGAAGAAAAGGCAAUCUCAACGUUGCCACUGAGGUAUUUCAAGUGGCCCCGUGCUUGCAUGUCGUUGAGGUUAAAAAGGCAAAGGGAGAUACCUUGGAGUUCAACAAGUUUUAUAAGAAGCUUUCAACAAGCCUGGAGGAUGUUGUCUGGAAAGCUGAAGGAGAAGAAGAAAAAGAAGAAGAUGAAGAUGAAGAAGAUGAUGAUGAUGAUCAAAUCAAAUGCUGUAGCCAGAGUGUCUGACUGACUGACUGGUUAGGUUAUGUUUCACUUCCAGUCUGUCAGUCUCAGUUUCUCUGUGUGUGUGAUUUAAUGUAGAUUUGUUAAAUUGGUGGUGCUGUUAUUAUUAUUAUUCAUUCUUUUGUUAAUCUGGGCUUGGCUUUUGUCCCAUUAUGGGAAUGGGUAGCUAAUAAAUAUUAGUGCAUGUAAGAAUAGGUAGUCUUGUUGUGUUAUUACAUUGUUUGUUGUCGUCCCAGCACAACAAUUCAAUUCAAUUCAAUUCAAUUGUGCAUACAUGUAUGUAUUAAUGUAUAUUUGUUUCAGGAGUGACACUUACUAACCAGCUGUGUAUUGUUCACUUGGAAUAUUGACUUUACUAUAAGAAAUUAAUAAUGGGAUUGGUGAGGACAUGAACAGAACACCUCAUUUAUACAAGAUAAUUAACAUAUAGUAACCUGAAAAUGCAUAAUCAAUCAUAGUAACAAUCAAGAGAAAAAAGGGUAGUUAAAAUAAUACAAGAACCACAACGGUAUAGGUAUACACAGUCACAAUCAGAGCAUCAUCAAAGAAAUACAUUAAAACCCAACCCAAAAAAAAAAAAGAAAAA